GGAGUGUACCUGAGUCCUAUCAGCUGCUCUGCCCUACAGGAAACAAAAUGACCUGAUUCUGAUCUUGGGCUUCACAUUAGAAAAAAAGGUGGUGAGGGCCAGGGCAGUGGGACCUGAUGGAAGAGAGGGUUGGAAGCCCAGAUGGCUAGGGCUGCAUGGAGGAGGGGGCUGGGCACAAGAUGCCACUGCUCCUUUUGGAUUCUGGUUCCCUCUCCCCAACUCAGAGCUGCAGAGACCUACCCCAGGGCUUACCUCAUCAUUUCUUAGCCUAGGGGUAAGGUAGGUCCAGACCCACCCCUUCCUAGCUUCUUAUAAGAACAGCUGGGGACCCGGGCCUGCAGGGUCACUCAUCCAUCCAUCAUGAAGCCUUCCAUGAAACCCGAGACCUUCCUGCUGGCCUCCGCUCUGCUCUGCACCCUCCUGGGUCUGGGGUACCCGCUGAGCUGUGAGGUGUGUGUCGGUGACGGUCCCAGUUGCACUGGGAAACUGCAGACUUGUGCCCCGGAUGAGGACUCCUGUGUCGUUGUCGUGACUGAGACCAACAGAAAGGCCUCCUUGGCGGUGACCAGCUACAAGGGGUGUGCGAAAUCCAGCGAGUGUGAUUCUGGACUCUUUGGCAUCACCGUGAACCCUGAGAACUACAUGGGCUCCAGGAGGCGCUGCUGCCAGAAGGAUGGCUGCAACCAGGACCCCCUGCCCGCGUUCGUGAGAAACCACACAGAGAAUGGCCUUCGCUGUCCUUCCUGCAUCGCUGCCUUUACGGAAACAUGCACUGCCAGUGAGGAAGCGCUCUGCGUUGGCGAGGAAACCCGCUGUGUCACCCUGUCUGGCCUGGUCCAGCCUGCAGGUGUCAAAUUUGCUGUCCGGGGCUGUGGUAUGGAGACUGCCUGCCACACCAAGCCUGGGACCCUGGUGCCCUCAGGCGCUCGUUUGUUCACCAUCAAGAAGACCAGCUGUCUUUGAAGCCCCCAGGCUUCUGGCAAGGCUGAGUGAAGAACUGAGGCCCAUGUGGUGUUUGGCCUCCAUUUCUUCUCAUCUAUGGUUCUAGAAAUUGCUACGGUUCCCAUGUGUCUAUAAAUUAAACAAGUUAACA